AAAUGAAGAAGAAGUCGUCGCUUGCUCAUGACAUAUUUUACCCGCGACAUUCAACUUAGCUAAGCAAGUGAGCUCUCGACCUUUUAUAUAUGUCAAUGCUCUCGACGAGUAAAUAUAAAUAGCUUUCUGGAGAAGGACCGUGUAUUUACCUUAAAAAAAUGCUCAAAAAGAAAUCGAGUAGCACUGAAAAGAAACGAAAACACUCGCAGUCUGAAGAAAGACACGAAAACAAUAAACGCAGAAGUGCGGAAUCCAACUUGGAGCAGGACUCUAAGGAUGAACUCGCUGAUGCAGAGCUGGACAGGAUUGGCAGUGACAUUGAGGAGGGCGGACUAAACCUCACCCUGCCGUUCCAGCCCAUCACUGCUUAUGUCACUGACAAGCGGGAGAUGCUGGAGCAGUGUCUCCAUGUGCUGGGGGAGAAGAAGCUACGGAAAAUGCUGCCUGAUGAACUCAAGGACUGUAGUUUGGAGGAAAUCAAAAAGAUGUGCUGGGAGCAACUGGAGCCAGUCUCAGAGAAAAAUCUCUUACAGAUCUUAGCAGGGGAGGAACUGACAUCUGGAAAUGGUGAUGAAAACACAGAAGAGACCCUGGAAAGCCAGCAAGACAAUAACGUGGACUCUACAUCUUGCCUCAAAGAAAUUGCAAAAACUGAGGACACUAAGCAAGAGGGUGGUGGUUCAGGUGAGGAGAGUGACGUCCUAAGCAUAAACGCAGACACUUACGAUAGUGAUAUAGAGGGACCCAAAGAGGAGCAGACUGUUAAAGCUGUGGACGGGGCAGUGAAAGUAGUGGACAGCAGCAGGGAGAGCGCUGGCCCGGUUGUAAACCCUGACCCACCAAACCCUGAACCUUCCACAGGCCCUCAACAAACCGAAGCAAAGAAAGACAUCCAAAACGACAUCGACAAAAGUGUCAGUGAGAUAUUAGCACUUUCAUCCUCUUCAAGCAAAGAGGAAGCUAAAGAACCGAGUGUACCUCCACAGUCCACAGAUGUUAGUUUACCUGCUCAAGGCGCACCUGUUUCAAGUCGUUCAGCUGCAGCAGGUCAGCCGUCAAUUCAGCAACUGGAGCUUCUGGAGUUGGAAAUGAGGGCGAGGGCCAUCAAGGCCCUGAUGAAAGCAAGUGAUGGGAAAAAAUUGUCUGUAACCAAAAAUGUGUAGCAUGUUUUAUUUAUUGUUGGUUGAUACAGCAUAGGGCAUCUUUUUAACCCCUGAUUUAUUGUUCUGAGUGUACAAUUCAAACCGUGUUUUGCUAUUACUCCAUAUUGGAAUGAUAUUACAGACUUAUUUUUCUUUUUUUUUUUUUCUUCAAUCUCUCUGUUUUUUCCAAGUUAGCGACAUUUGCAUAUACAAAGUGUUGUACAGAAAAGUGAUAACAAUAUUACAGACUAAUGCAAAAUUAAAUGCAUCUGGGCCUGUCCUACACUGAA